AAUAUGGUUAAAUAUUCUAGAUGGAUAUUUAAGAUGUGUUUCUAAUGACAUGCUUUACUCAGGUAUAUUGGAUAUACUGAACAUGUGAUUCUUUUACGUUAAAAAGGACUAUAACAAGGCUUUGGAGAUGGACUUCAAACUAUUAAUCUAAACCAUUGCCAUCAAAACAUGUACUCGUUUCCAUUCAUUGACGCAACUGAGGGAGAGCUUUAUUGAAAAGUUUGUGUAAAUAAAAGAAAUUCGGUAUAUUCUCUUUAAAUCAUCCAAUGAUCCUGUUGGCCUUGAUCUAAGAUGGAGGCUCAGAGAAAAAAAUUAUAAUGGCAAUAGAAUUGAACUAAAGGUCUAUUUAUUGUACUUUUUCAGAUGUGUUUUAAAUUGUGAAGUCAAUAACUAGAACUCUUUUCAGGAGAUUAAUUGACUGAGGGUACACUAGCAGCAGCUGCAGAAGUUGCUGCAUACUCAUCCAACUGCAGCUUCAGCCGAGCCCCAACCCCACCAUAUCCCCAGACCCCCAACACCCAGAUUUAGAUUAUCUGGGUCCAGUAAUAGAAGCGGCAGUGAAGCAACUUUUUCACAUGAUAUCACUCGAGUGACCAACCAAACCAGAAAGUGGCUACGUAACAAUGUAGGUAUUGCCCAUGGUUGGUGUUGCUCCUCUUAAACAUGAAUACAUUUCUUACUCAUAUAUUGUAUUAUCACAUCAAUUUACGUGAAAUAUCGGUGCCUGCAUAGCAACUUUAUAACCAAACCAAUUGCUUGCACACAUUGGAUGCUUUCAUUGUUUCUCUACAUGCAGCACUUACAUCUAUAAACCUUAAUGAAGGCUGAAGUUCACUGGUUAAGUUAAGAAAAUGGGUUAAAAGUUUUAACCCAUUUUCUUUCAAAAUAUUCAAAAUCAAACUGCAAGUACUGCAGCGCUAGACAGAAGCAAUAUUCUAUAAACCUUGCUCCUUUCAAAUGCAACUUGUGAAACAAUUUAAUUUAUAAUGAGCUUUAUUUAACCUCAUGGAACAUUUAAAGUUAUGAUAUGAUCUUUUAAAGCAUUAUUCUUCUGGUAAAAUAUCAUGUAUUACUGAAGCGUGUGAAGUACAAUUGAGUUGUUAGACAUAAAUAGCUAGUGUACACUUUUUAUAAACCUUAACAAGAUCAAUUGAUCCAAAUUUAAACAAAGUCAAAACUCAAACUCAGUUACUGAUUACACAACCUAAGUUAUAAAAGUUUUCCGGUAGAGCUACAAACUUUUUCAUUUAUUGAUAUUCACAACAGAAAAACAGUCAAAUAAAAAAAGGUUCUUAAAGUAAUGAAUGUGAGUAAACACUAUUUAUGAUAGUUAAGAUUAAGGUGUGGGUUUGUAGAGAUGGAAAAACUUCUGCAGAGGAUGAGCAGUUUGAGAUAAUACUGGUGUGUAGAAUGCAGCACAUCAUGCCACAGAAAGGAUUUAGCUGAAAUCAGAAAACUUAACCAUUUCGAUGCUAAUAUCAUAUUUCUUUUGGUUUUCACACUAAUGUGGUCCAGUGUGACAGAUUAUAGAAGCAAGUGACAAAAUUAAUCAGGCGGGCACAACGGAUGCUCCCUUGGUCUACUGUCCUGGUCUUCAAGGAAGAAAGUUUUGCUGUCAGAAUAAAAAAAAUUGAAGUCUGAGCCUGUGGUUAAUUGUGUAUUGUUGAAACUACAGUUAUGCUGAACCAAACACAGGAAAUGAGAAGAGGACAACAAAGCACCUAUGAUUAAAAGAGACCCCCAAGCAUAUUGUAGAGACAAGGGCACACAAUAUUACAACAUGAAUAGCAGGUUUCCUUCUUUUAGAGUAACACCUGCUACUUUGUCUUUGAAAGUACAUCAAAUGAUUUGUCUUUGAAACUUGUGCGAAGCUGGUUUCAGCUUGUAUGAUGAGAAGACCCUCAAGCCACAGGACUUCACUCUCAGUAAUGUAAAUAUAAGAGCUGCUUCCGUCCUCAGACGCUAGUGAGAGGCUCACAGUGCCAUGUCGAGUUCAGCUUCCUCCCCUCCCCCUCGUCUGCAGUGCUGACGCAUCUGCUGCUUUUGCAUCCAGCAGCAGCCUCUAUAAAAGGUAUAGACCCAGAGUCCCUGCUGAUCCGAGGACUCUCUGUUUAUUCCCUUCAUCAUCACAUUCAGCUUCUCACAGUCACUGGAACUGUGAGGAAAAAAGCAUUGCUGAACAUCUGUCCCGUAUCUGCUGCGAUGCACGGUACGACGGUCGUCACUGCCGUCAUCUCUCGGGUUCUGCAUUACCUAACCACAGUGGCUGCGUAAGCACGGACGGAGGGCUUUGGUGUAAUAAACUGCAGCACAGACCCAGAGUGAGUGCACAAGCAUGAAACAGAUGGUGCAGCGUUAUACAUUCAGGGUCAGUGUUUCUACGACGGCUGCAGAUUAUUAGUGUUUCAAAUGAUUUUACUUUUGUGCAAAAGACAUCUUUCCCUUUUUCAUCACUGACAUGCAUCAGGAUUUAGCUGGUGUGGUGCUGAGGGGAUUUAAUGUGGCAUUUGCUGUACAGCAAGGGACCUGUCGUUCUCCGCUGCUACCGGCGAUGCAGCUGAGCGUUCUCUGGCUGUAGCAUCGAGCGCAGAGCUGAUGUGUGAUGUAGUCCCCAGCAUCUCUCCGCUCUCCCCCUCUGCCAUGCUUAAUAAAAGUUGCCGCUUCCUGCUCAGUGGCUACAGUGUGAACGCUUCAGUUUGCCCAGCUAACACAAAGGCAGAGCCGUACUCCGGAUUAGCUACAUGCUGCAUUAACUGUGAGUUGUUCCUAUAUGGCUGUGGCAGGACAGAAGUGGGACAGCCAGAGGAGGGCAGGGUAGAUCCAGCCGAGGACCUGGGCUGCAUGGAAAGAGGCGAAGGACGUUGGAGCUACAGUCAUCUGCGCACCGAGAGGGAGGGAGAGGAAGAACGACGUCAGAAAAAAAGCUCUGCUACUGACAACACCACCGUUCAGCGACCAUCACUGAAAGAAAACUACUUUCGCCUUGCUCUUGCAAAACAGUUUUUCACGUGUAGUUGGUAAUACUCAGGUCUGUACGAGAGGGAUACUGCAUGACACUGCUUCCUGUUCGCCCUGCAUCAUUUUCUCUGAUUUACUAAGAUGACAGUGGUGUCUCCAUGUACUCAGAACCUGAUGGAUACCGCCCACCCUCACACCGUGCUUAGCAAGCUCAAUGAGCAGCGCUCACAUGGCCUCUUCUGUGAUGUCACCAUCGUGGUGGAGGAUGUUAAGUUCCGGGCCCACAAGAACAUCCUGGCAGCCUGCAGUGGCUACUUCAGGAAUGCCCUGACAGCUCCGGAAACAUGGAGCUCCGGACAAGUGCUGGAGCUGAUGGACCUGAAGUCAGAGGUGUUCGCUAGUAUCCUCAACUUCAUCUACUGCUCAAAGGUGACCUCACCCUGUGCAGAGGACACAGGUGGACUGGUGGCAGCUGGAAAAAGACUGGGAAUUCCUUUUUUAGAGAAGCUGGCAGAACAAAGGCGACAGGACGACUCCGGUACAGCAUCCGUGUCUCAGAAAACAAAGAAAGAGACUCCCAGGCCUGUGGAGAUAGACAGUGCUAGAGGGCCGCGCAUCACCAACGCUUUCUCCAUCACUGAAGUGUGCCCUGGGAACAAUCCUUUCACCCCUCUGGCUCAAACCAGCGUGGAAAAGCAGUCACCGGACGUGGGACGGCUCCCGUUAAGUUGCCCGACAACGUCCUGCCUCAGCGGGAACAAUGAGACCGCCCACGCCCUUUCAGAGCACUCAUAUGCAGUUUGCAAAUCUACCGAAGACAGCAGUCCGUUGGAAAACCAGAAGGUCUGUAAGCCGGCAAUGUCACAGCCAAAGCAACUCCUAUACAAGAACAUAGGCCCGCUCAAAAAGCGUCACAGAGGCAUUGUGGGUAGAACGCUACUUCCAGCACCUGCUGAACCACACAAAGACAAACCAAAUACAGUAACCCCCACGUUAGUUGUUGGUGUCACGGCAGCACCUGUUGCAGCCGUGACACCGCCACCACUGUUUUCAGAGGUAGAGAGAGGAAAGAGUGUGGACCCGGGACCAACGUCAGCUACUGACAAUGCUCAAAUGGAGUUAGGCCCACCAACCCUUUCCCCUCACACUGAAGACAGCAUCUCAAUCUACGGCUGCGAGCAAUGUCCAGAGAUAUUCACGAACAAAGCUCUCCUCACAGUUCACUCAGAAGUACAUAAAAAGCGUUUUGUCAGUCAUUUGUUUUGCAAGUUUUGCCGCAGAAAGUUCAUACACCUGAAACGGCUGCGCAACCACGAGCAGGCCUGUCCUAAGGCUGCAACAGACCCGCCUAAAUUAGAAGCUCCUGACAUAACAGUCAAUGAGACAAACCACCAUUCAGAUGAAAUGGAGGGCAUCAGAACACAACUUCCUUCUUCUGCUGACCUCUCCACCCCUCCCACACCAGAUCCCCUUGAAAUGGACCAAUCAGAGCCUCCGCAGCAUGAGAAGGCAGCGAGGCCCGGUGGCAAACAGAGGAGAUACAACUGCAGCAUGUGCAAACGGGUCUAUGUCACCCUAUCCAGUCUGAAGCGGCAUGAGAAUGUUCAUUCUUGGCAGAGGGCCUAUCCCUGUCAUUACUGUAAUAAAGUGUUUGCCUUGGCAGAAUACCGCACAAAGCAUGAAAUAUGGCACACAGGUGAACGACGGUAUCAAUGCAUUUUCUGCCUGGAAACAUUCAUGACAUACUAUAUCUUGAAAAACCAUCAGAAGUCUUUUCACGGCAUUGAUCCCAGUUUAGCUAUCAAGAGGAAAUCUGCCAAUGGCGGGCUGAAAGCCAGUGUCUACCCAAUAAAGCUCUACAGGCUCCUGCCAAUGAAGUUCAGAAAGAGACAAUACAAGACGUACAGUCAGACGUAUUCAGAGAGUUCUGAGAAAAGUGACCAAGAUGCACAGGAGAGUAACUCUCUCAUUCCUCCAUUAGAAGAAAACGGUCUGAUCGGCCACCCUGAUGCUGUGUCGUUCCCUCUCACGUUCAUGGCCACGACAAAGUCAGUAGCCCCUGUUAUUCCUCGCAUCAGCUUUGACAAGCUCUGUGACCAAGAUGCUGAUCAUGAUUUGAACGGUGAAUCCGAAAUUCAGAAUGAUGCAAGAAAAGAGGCUGAAAGUAACAAUUCACCCUUCAUUAACUACAACAGCAGCUUCUCUUUACAACACGACACAGAAGCAUACAAAGACGACCCUUCGCUGCUUAGGAACUCAGAGUACAUCAGUCGUAACGUGCCAUUCCUAAACUCUCUGAACACUGUUAAAAAAUUGGGUGAGCUGUCAGCUUCUGCAAAAAGAGUUGAGGACAUGACCAAGGAGAUACUUCAGUCGGGCACAGAGAGUCUCGUGCGUGAUAGAACACUGGGGUCAAAGACAGAAACGUAUAUCGCCAAACCCGCGUGUCCGGGGCCAUCACUGGACGGUGAUUCGAUGCCACUCUGUCAGAUAACAGUGAAAAUAGGCAAUGAGGCCAUCAUCCGCCGCAGAAUCAAAGGAUCUAAGCUCUUCCCCAGAAAGAAACGGAGAGUCCGAGAAUCCAGUGAGGAGGAGAGUCUUAGUCAGUCUCCUCCGACGAGAGAGGGCUCAGCAAGCCCCAGGCUCCGCCUCAGAUCAGAAGGCACCAUCGUGGAGCCAGAGACAUACGACGAUCCAAAUGACUGCGACAACGCUGAUAAGCUGUGGCGUCCCUACUACUCUUACAAAGCUAAGAAGAAGAGGAAGAACAUGAGAUUCUUUCACCGGUACGCUGAAACAUCUGCGGAUAGAUCUGGUGCAGCCGAGGCCCCGUUCGAUCGAAGCAGCUCGCUGACAGAGGAGAACAGCUCAGGUGGCGGUUCAGAGGUGAAACGCAGUCUGAGCAGGAACUGCAGCCCGAGGGCCACCUACAGCUGUGACAUCUGUGACAGCUCCUUCAUCACAGAGACCGGCCUGAGAGCUCACGUGAUUGGUUCCCACCCAUGUUUUUGCCUGACGUGCGGUAAACAAGGUCCCCCUGGUGAGGCACCCGCUGGCAGGGAUUACAUCUGCAACAGCUGCAUGGAAAGCGGCUCCUGCUUUGACAAUUCACCCCGGAGCCCCAACCCAGAGAAGAAGUAUCGCUGUUCCUUCUGUCCCCAGCGCUUCCUCUACCUGGCCACCAAGAGAAGCCAUGAGAAGAAACACCAGGACACAAAUGAAGAAGGAUAUAACUAUGACAACUUCAAGCCAUCUUCUGAAUACUUAAGUGAAGAAAAUAAAGACACCAUCAAAACAGAGGGCAGUGACACUGACAUAAUGAAUGAAAGGGAGAAAGGAGGUAUUUUUUCAAAUACUAAAAUUAAACCUAAAAUCGAGGAUACAACUGACUUCAUGCCUUUGGCUACAUACCAGGACAUGUCACAUUCCAGCAUUAAAGGUCCAUUAUCACCAAGCAUUGACCCACUGUUUCCCCUGGCAUCCUCUAAGGUGAAACACAAAAUUGUAAAACAGCGCUCUAUGCAUCUCAUGUCAAAAAAGCAAGCCAGUGUCAUAGACAGCGACGGCAGCAAGGACAUUUUGACGGGGCCGAGAACGAACAGUCACAGCGAUCGAGAGAAGUCCUAUAAACUGUUUAAGAAAAAUGACUCGGAGAGUAAAUGUAGCCACAUUUCUAUACACAAGCCAGAGAAAUGGGUCUGCAAGGAGGAGCCAUUUUUUUAAAGAUACAUCUAUCGUCUUUAGGCAAAAGAGAAAGCGAAUGGAAUGUUGCUGCUUCAGUUAAGAGCAUAGACGAUAUAUAAAGAUGGACGACGUGUCUCCCCUCAAGCCAGAAAUGAAGCCCAAAUAUCCCAGAUAUGAACAUUUUGCAUGUUUGCAACCAGAGAUGGGGGAUGGAGCUGCUGUAACGACAUCUCACAGACACACAUGUUCACCCAAUCACGAGUCAGUCGCAGCUGCCUUUUCAUGAUGUCAUACCCCAUUUUCAUAGCAUUAAAAUAAACUGUUAAACCCAAAACUUUCAAAAAAAUGCGCACUCACAUAUAUCAGUGUGCUAAGAGCUACCUAAUCUUUGAGAACAUUUUAUUCGAGCUGUACUUUGACUUUUUAGUUUGGCUCAUGUCCCAUCCACUAACAUGGAGGAGGCGGGAUUUUAUUACCUGUAGUACGGCCAACCACCAGGGGCCAUUAAGACGUUUUGGUUAAACUUUUUGGGAGCUGUCAUGUCAUCCAUGUUUAUAUACAGUCUGUAAGAGAUGUCAAAUGUGCAAUGUUGUAUUUUGCAGCUGAGCAGGAUGUAAUAUCAGUGUGGGCCCUUUCCUCCUAAACUCAACAUCCGAGUCCAUGGUCCAUUGUCUAUGCAUAUUAGGUCGAAUCAGUGACAUGACUGUAACCUCGAGAAAAGAAAUGAUGUGCAAUUUCAGAAGAAGGGUGGGAUGUGCGGACAACUGGAAAGCUUUCUAGUGUGGUGACCUCUUCACGUUUGUCUGUCUGGGGAAAACAAUAUGAUCUUUUUUUUGGGGGGGGGGGGCACAUUUCAAAUUUCUCCAUUGAGUUAACAGGUUUAUGGCGAGUUGCACUUUAAAGUUUGACUAUGCUAAUAUGUUUGUUGAUUAUAUUAUUAUUAUUAUUAUAAUUAUAUUUCAACUCUGAGCACCAUCGUUAUUCUUCUUAUUUCUAAUUAACACACGGCACCACUGAGUUACUACUUUUGUGUGUUAAAAUAUGUAUAGAACAUGUAAAAGCGUUUAAAUAAAUGUUGUUGAUAUUGA